AUGAGAGAUACAAAUGUAUCCAGUUUUGAAGAAAACACAAUGCCUUCAUCUAGUCGAACACCAGUUUCUACAGCAAUGGCUACUGUAGAAAAGCCUAGAAAGUUCACUGGUAUUAGCUUCAAAUGUUUACAGUAUAAGAUGUUCUUCUAUUUGACUACACUCAGUUUACAACGUAUUAUCAAUGAAGAUGUUCAUGUGGUAGAGGAAGAAACUCCUAAAAAUGAAAAGUUUAUUGUGACUGAGGCAUGGACAUAUUCUGAUUUCCUUUGCAAUAACUACAUACUCAAUGGAUUGGAAGAUGGCUUGUAUAAUGUCUUCAGUGUUUGUAAAACCUCUAAAGAACUCUGGUAUGCUCAAGAGAAGAAAUACAAAACUGAAGAUGCAGGCUUAAAGAAGUUUGUGGCUACAAAAUUUUUGGACUAUAAGAUGGUUGAUAGCAAGACUGUCAUGUAUGAUCAUAAAUGGAAUAUUUCAAGUAGCGGAGUAAUCGAGAAACUACCUCCUUCAUGGAAAGACUUCAAAAAUUAUUUGAAGCACAAGCAAAGGAAGAUGACUCUUGAAGACUUGAUUGUUCGUCUCAGGAUCGAGGAAGACAACAAGGUUGCCGAGAAGAAGGCUAGAGGAAACUUAAUAAUUAUGGGAGCAAAUAUUAUUAAGGAUGGUCCAAAUAAAUCAAAAAAGAGGAAGAUACCUUCUGUACCGAAGAACUAUCCUAGUAAAAAGAAGUUCAAAGGAGACUGCCACAACUGUGAAAAAACUGGACAUAAGGUUGUGGAGUGUCGUGCUCCCAAGAAGGAAAAGAAGAAAGGUCAAACCAGCAUGAUUGAUACAAAUGGGGAUGUUAACUUGUGUACAAUUCUGACUGAAUGCAACCUAGUAGAAAAUUCCAAAGAAUAG